AAACGCACAAGUGAUCAUAACAAAUAAACUAAAAAAAAACGACAUUGCGAAUAAAAAAUUUUAUAAAUUUCAUUAAGAAUACUAAAGCAAAAACAAAAUGUGGACAGAAUUUCUAAUACUGGUAUCGGUGGCCUUGUAUUUGUUCUAUCGUUGGGCCACUGCCUACAAGGAUUUCUUUAGGGAUCGUGGCCUACCGUAUUGCAAACCUGUGCCAAUGGUUGGCAAUUUUUGGGAAAUGAUUUUGCGUCGCAAAUCUAUGUUCGACAUUGUGAUUGAUUUAUACAAUAAAAGUGAUAGCAAGGUUUACGGUGUAUUUGACCAACGUCAGCCCCUUCUCUUGAUACGUGAUCCCGAAUUAGUGAAGCAGAUAGCCAUCAAGGAUUUUGAUCAUUUUGUCAAUCAUCGUUCAUUGUUCGAUGAGACUGAUACUAAAGAUCUGUUUGGCGCUUCAUUGUUUAUGAUGAAGGAUAAUCGAUGGAAGGACAUGCGCAGCACUUUAAGUCCAGCCUUUACAGGCAGCAAGAUGCGUUCCAUGUUUCAGUUAAUGAAUGAAGUGGCCCAACACACUUUGGCUCAUGUAAAGAAACAACCGGCCGUUUUCACACCAGAAGGCUUGGAGCUGCAAGUCAAGGACUUUAUAACACGUUUUACCAAUGACAUCAUAGCAUCUACCGCCUUUGGCUUGCAGGUGAAUUCAUAUGACAAUAUGGACAAUGAAUUCUAUCGCAUGGGAAAGAAGGUGACACAGUUUUCGUUUAAACAAAAUAUAAAAUUCAUGUUAUUUGCCAAUUUCAAGAAAAUAAUGAAGAUCUUGGACAUUAAAUUGUUCGACAAAGCAUCUACAGAAUAUUUCAUGAGAUUGGUUUUGGAUGCCAUGAAAUAUCGCCAGCAACACAAUGUCCAUAGACCCGAUAUGAUUCAUAUGCUGAUGGAAUCUCGCGGCAUGUUUAAGGAUCAAGAACACCUCAAGACCACAAAUCGCGAAUGGAGUGAUGUUGAUAUUGUGGGUCAAUGUUUCCUUUUCUUCUUUGCCGGUUUUGAGACCUCUGCUGCCCUGACUUGUCUCACCACCCAUGAAUUGAUGGAAAAUCCUGAUGUGCAGGAGAAACUUUUAGAGGAAAUCCAAGAUGUUGAGCAACAGCUGGAGGGUAAGACGCUUACCUAUGAUGCCAUUAUGGGUAUGCGUUACCUGGAUAUGGUGGUGCAAGAGUGUUUAAGAAAAUGGCCAGGAGCCAUAGCCACAGAUCGUGUGUGCACCAAGGAUAUCACCUAUAAUUUGGAUGAUGGCACUAAAUUGGACAUCAAGAAAGGCGAAUGUGUGUGGAUACCCAUUGUUGGUUUCCAUCGUGAUCCCAAGUAUUAUGAGAAUCCCAUGAAAUUUGAUCCGGAGAGAUUUAGUGAAGAGAAUAAGGAUAGAAUACCUCCCUUUGCUUAUAUGCCAUUCGGUGUGGGUCCCAGAAAUUGCAUUGGUUCUCGUUUUGCUUUGUUGGAGACAAAAGUGAUGAUCUAUUAUUUGCUGCGUGAAUUUAAGUUUACCCCGGCCAAGCAGAGUUGCAUACCACUGAAGCUAAAUCCUGCCAGUUUUCAGUUAGCACCCAAAGAUGGUUUUUGGGUUAAUUUUAUCAGCAGAGUCCCAGCAUCGUAAAAGCAAUAAUAUUUUUAAAGAAUUAUUUGUGUAUUGGUUGGAUUUAUUAAAAAAAAAUUAUAGUUCCAUA